UAAACUCACAUCCAUAUAUAUUGCAAGCCAUAUAUAGUUUUCACAUGUAAAAAUGUUUAGCUGUGAACAUUCAACAAAGUGAAAUGCCUAGAAAAGCACUGUAUGCACAAUAUUACAUAAUACAUGUUUGCCAGGAUGCUGGGCCUUAUGAUCAGACUAAAAUAUCUGCUCUUGAAAUCUCUGGAAGCAAGAACUCAUCUGCUGUUAGUUCUGGCAUAGCUUAUAUUGAUCAAUUAGUGGCAGGACCAUGCACUAUUUUGCAUUCAACAGGUGAUCUUUCUGGCUACCUCACCUCAACUGUCCAUUAUUACCACUGUAGUGCCGAUUUUCAAAAUGCUAGUGUAUGGACAGUUGUGCUAACAGCUGGCUGCUAGAGGGUACUGUAUGUUUCUUGACUGUAAGCAUUGCUUUGAUCCUUAUAUUUGGAUAUAUAUUAAAGUGUUUCUCAGAAAAAUAUAUCAUCAUAAGUCAACUGGGUCAUUAAAUGUGUAUGUUUAAAUAAAAUUUUUUUGUGAGUUUCAGGGAAGUAAACCACAGUUUAUGUUUAGCAGUUAGCAGUAAUAUAAUCUUGAACCGGUUUUCAAAAUCAAAUUUCUGAGGAGUUCUCACUGACAUUGGGGGUGUUUUUUAAAGGUUAGCUGAAAUAACAAUGACAGCGUGCAAAAUUACAGAAAAGGAAAAUGUUUUAAGAAAAUGAUUCCUCUUUUCUUAAGAAGAAAAGAGCUGUGAGCCCAAUACUACUUUUCAUUGAUGUUAUAAAAAGUUUGCCCACCAACCUUAACUGAAAGUUAAAAUGCUGUCUGAUUUUACAAGCCGGCAAUUGCAAGCUAUAUCUAAAAGACUUGAAUUCAAGACAUCCAUGCAACAUAAAUAACCUGCAAAAAUUAUGGAGCUGUUGUGUUCCUGUUCUUUUAUGAAUUGAGGAUUUGCACUGGCUGCUGGUGCUAUCACAUACAGACAGCUAAUAGUUAUAUCUUUAAAUUAAAGGUGAUGUCCCUUGAUUCUCACUUUCCGGUCAUCUCUUCUAAUAGCUCUAUUAUAGUAAUCAAUUACAUAUAAACUCUGAUCUAACAAAGUACCAAAGUAUGCUUCCUAUCUUUUGGGACCAGUUGUUUGUGUGGGUUGCCCUGUUAAUGCCAACUGGGAAUUUUCAACUGUUCAUGAAUAGCACAUUGGAACAAAGCAGUGGUGCCUGGCUAAUCUAAAACAAUUGGCUGCAUAUAUGAAUUCACUUGUCAAUGGGAAUGCUCUGUCUACAGGAGUGUUUUAUUUGCGUUUGCACUUAGUCUUGGAUGCUCUUGUAUGAGUAUACCCUUCAAUCAUGGAAUAUGGAUAUCUUACAGUUACAAAUAUAACCUACUGAAAAAGAAAAUUUAGUAGCCAAACAUAACUACAGGUCAUCAUUCACCUGAAAAAAUGUACAAUGUUCGGCCUGCAUUUAAGCAAACAUGAAAGUGGUAAAUUGAAAUGAUACUUUAUUACUAUCAUUUGCAACAGAAGGGGAAAUCUUAUGCAUUUAUCAGGUGAGGUUUUGCGGUCACAACCUUAGUAUCAAAGGCAGGGCUCCACUCUUAACAAAUCAAAGAGUUUCGGAGCAUUAGCCGUCUGAAGAUAGCUGGAAGCGGCUAAUGCUUUGAAACUCCCGUGUGACCCUGUUGCUAGGAGCUCCAUGGGGACUAAUCAAUGGCGUGUUACUGUGGGAGACUUGGAAAAACUCUCAGAGCAAACCACCGGAUCAGGGGAUCAAUGUGGCUCACCGGUCCUCUGCCGGCUCCUCAUUAUCAUUCUGCCGUCCUCGCGCUAUCAGUUCUGUUGAAAUGAAAUUAAAUGAAGAGCUGGCAGGCUAAGCAGGCCGAACACCUGGCAAGACUGGGUCUGUGAACAGCUCUGUGUCGAAGCGGAAACAAAAAAAAUGACUCUCUUUGUUUAGCCUACCAGAAGGGCAGAUUUUUUGCAAGGCACGGUGGACAUUUGGCAUCCAAAUAUUUAUCAUUUUUGCAUAUUUUUGCAGUAGGAAAUGAAUGCUUCCCUCGCGUUGCCGUGAGAUUGCCGCUCUCCUUGUCGCGGUCUUGGUUACGGCGGGAGAUUGGCUGUGGUGGGUUACUGGAUGUCGCUUUUGCAGGUCUUUUCAGUACUCCUUUCAGACCGUCUCACUGAGCAGACGGCCUGCUGGGGCGUCCAAUAGGAUGUUCCUGUUGACGGGGAGCAAGGGGCCACAGGGAGCAGGGAAUGAAAGGAGGACAGUCUACCAGAAGAUCCGGGAGUACGAUCUUCUGGAGAAGAAGAAAACGGUGACCGCGCUGAAGCCGGGCGAAGACAGGGCCAUUCUCCUGGGCCUGAUCAUGAUCCUGUCCUCAUUCAUGAUGUUCUUUCUCCUGGGCAUAACCAUGGUGCGCUCCUACUCAGACAGCGUGUGGACGGAGGAGUCCAGCUGCACUGUCCUCAAUGCCAGCAUCACGGCGGAGAUGAACUGCACCUACAGCUGCGGCUCCGACUGCUGGAGGGGCUCAAAGUACCCCUGCCUGCAGGUGUUCGUCAGCCUCAACGCCUCCGGGAAGGUCGUCCGCCUCUCCCACAACGAGGAGACGCAGGAAGCCAGUUCGGAGUGCUUCUACGUACCCAAAUGCAGAAAGGACCACGCGGCCAUGCACACAAUAAUCGCGAACAUAUCCGAGCGUUUGAAGCCGCAGCAGCAGGUGCCCUGCUACUACGACCCGGACGAGCGGCAGGACAACGUGAUCCUGACGCGGCUGUACAGCCAGGGGGCGCUGUUCCACUCCCUCCUCUGGCCCUCCUGUAUGUUUGCGGGCGGUACCCUCAUCAUCCUCAUGGUGAAGCUCACGCAGCAUCUGUCCAUCCUCUGUGAACAGAUUGGCAAGGCCAAAAGGUGAAACGGGGGCCACUGUGGCACCCCCGGACCACGGAGAGAAGCCAUGGGGAGACGCAUCCACGCAUCGUCACCAGAGAACCUUAACGACUUUCGGUAACACUACUUGAAGCAUAGUCUCUGAAUCCUGUGUAAUGCUGCCAUAAAAAUGACAUAACGUCUGCCAUGACCAGCCAUGGCGGUGCAUUACAGCUCAACACAAAUGCCAUAACUGUCAUAAUGUAUGCAGACUCAAAACAAGUGCUAUAAAAUGAUAAUGUAUGCAGCAAAUUUUACAUAUGCAGCGAAUUGUGACAUAUCAUUAUAUGACUGCUUCAUAUAAUAUGACAGUGUUAUGACAUGACUGGUUAUGCCAGGUGUUAUGUCAUGCUUAUGACAAACAGGAGGUACCAUAUAGGUUUAUGGAAUAUAGUUAAUAUAGACUUAUUUAUCACCUAGAGUUUCCCAUCCCUCAUUGAAAGAGAUUUCACUGUGUAUUUAUUACUACUUUUAGAGGUGGUUUUGAAUGGGUACAUUGGUAGCGUAAUAACUCCUGUUCAGAGCAGAAGUAUAAUUUAAGAGUUUUAUACACCAUAUGAAUGUAUAUCCUGAUACUGAAAGGCUCACAGAUUUUUCUUGUGUACCAUUUCUUUACGCGUAUAUGUGUAGCACAAUGAUUUUGUUGGCUGAAAUGUUUUAAGCUACAUUGAUAAUCAUAAAGUGUGACCUUCCAUUAAUCUUACUAUGGCUAUAGUAAUGUGUUCCGGGAGAGAGUUUUGUUAAGAAAAAUGCCAAAAUUAUCAAAGCCAACCAUACCCUUUUCUUGGUUAUGAAUAAUAUGAAAUUAUCAGUAGAUCUGGGUAAUCCAUGAUGGUCAUUCUGUGUGGUGAAAACAAGUUUUCUUAUUGCAUUGUUUAAAAUGCUAAACAGCCAGGAAUGUUACUGCAUAAAUGUUUUUCUUCAAAACGAUAUGAGCUCUGCUAUGUUUGGAAACUCCUGAAAGUGCAAAGUUAAUUCUGUAAAUGACAAAGAACAAAGAACUUCAUUUCUAAGGACCGGUUUACUGCCCCAUGACUAAUGUGCUGCAUAUGUCUGUAAAGAUUUUAUUUUCUCAUUAUAGAAGCUAAUCUUUUGAAAUGUGUCUUUAGUUUUGAAUUGCAAAUUAUUUUUGUUGUAUUAACAACUUAAGCACAAUUUUAUCCUCAUUACAUAUACCCAUGACAUAGACCUAUUUUUGUUAUAUCAUCAUGCUCAUUGCCUCUAUGAAAAUGUUAUCCUUAUAUAUUUUAUAUACUGACCCUGUUGGCAAAUGCAGGUCUCAAUCUGAGUCCUUUGCAGAUGUAUGUGUGUGUGUGUGUGUGUGUAAAACCAGUCACAUGGUGACCGAUAUCUGUGUUCCCAUUCAAACAAAUUUGAGUCAAAUGGCAAUAAUUGAUUUUCAUGACAUAUUAUUUUUAAACUGCUGUAAAUAAAUAUUUUCUAUACUGUC